AUGGAGGUAUCUUUAAUGGAUUUUGAAUGUUUCGAACAACAAUUUACAGAAUUAAUAAGUGAAUUUCAAACUUUGUCGACAACUGAGAGUCAUUUGCGUAAUGCUGUUCGAGCUGAAGCUGUUCGUGCUGAAGCAGCGGAGGCAGCUAGAGAUGCAGCAUUGCGUGCCUCAGCGGAGUCCCAGGCCUCCGCUGCCGCAGCUACUGUAGGCGCUGAACAAGCAUCUAAAGCCCUAGCGGUAGCUCAAGAUGAACUGGUCACUAUUAAAAUGCAGUACGAACUUGCUGACCGUCAGCGAACACUUUUUGAAGAAAAUUGUAUUGAACUUAAUAAUAAGUUGAACGAAAUGAAGACAGAAUUAGAACAAUUGAGACCAUUACAAACAAGUUACAAGACAUUACAGCAACAGUUUGUUGAAUUACAGAAACGAAUACAGAAAGCGACCGAGGAUGCUGACAAUGAGGCUCGGUCCCUUGAGAGUGAACUGCAUCGUGUGUCUCGUUGUGCCGGCGGCGGGUCCGAGGUUCGAGAACGAGCUCGUCUCGCCGCCGCCGCUCACGCUAGGGACAAAAGACUGGCGAUGGACGAAAUGAAACACACUAUGAGAGAAUUACAACACGCUAGGGCCGAAAUAGCGCGCUUGACAACUGUAGUAGUUGAACUGGAAGGUCAAUUGUGUAAGCAAGAAGAAAUAAAAGCUAAUAAAUACGAUUUCGAAGAAACCAUCUCAGAGUUAAAAGCCGCUUUGGAAGCUGAGAGGAAUGAUACAGCUCGUCUCCAGAAAACUUUGGCUAAAGCCUUAUCUGAUAACGCAAUUUUAGCAUCGGAACUACACAAUAAUGACAACGAUGCACAAGCAAGAAUAACAUCUCCAAAUAAUAGUCCACACAGCCAUGACUGUCCCAUAGACUCAUUUCUAGCAGAAUAA